AUUAUUAAUGAUUUGGAGUAUAUUUCUGAUAGCUGGAAUUUUUUCCCUCGAGUAUUGCCUAUUCAUAUUCACAUUCAUAUUCAAGUUCCUAUACUUUGACCAUUUAUUGGCAUUGACUCAGUGAGAGAGUAAGACUGAUGGCUUUGUAAUUACCUCACUUUAAAUCUAAUUCACCAAAAAAAUCGGGACAUCACUUGUUCUCUUUGAAAACAAAGAACAAAUAGCAACGAUAUGUAUACCUAGUUUGCCAAAAAUAAAGAUUCAGUGUAAGGGAGAGGAAAGUUAAUGUAGGUUGUAUCCAUAGCCCUAGGUUUUAAUGCUUAAUAGAUUUAAUUAAAACAAAAAGUUGUCUUGUAGUUUAUAUUUAAUUUCUUAAUUGUCUUCAGCAUCUGCUACAAAAUGUCAAUAAUUUCUUGUAAUAGUAAAGAGCUAAAACUUUGAAUGAUUAGGAAUUAAGUUGGCUGGUUUUAAUGAGUUAAUUGAAUUGAAGCUUGUCAUUGAAAGCUAUUCAGGAAAUAUUAAAUAAUUAGCAUAGGAUCUUUUGGUUAUCUGCAUCAGAACAUGUACACAUAUAAUGGUAAAUAGUAAAUGAUAAAUAAUUUGGCUGAUGUCUGAAAAGGUUGAGUCCAAAACCCUAAUCCAGGGGAGAGUCUUGGCAUUUUGGGUGAUGGGGACUAUGGCCUCAAUUAACUCUGAAAUCUUGGUCUUUGGAUGACUGGGAGUUAGUUUAUUGCUUAUGUGAUAGGUAUCAGUAUAUGUAUGAGAUCUAAUUGAUAAUUUCUACAUAAACAAUUUAUAUUAGUGUUUCUUGAAAGUGAACAAAUGGAAUAGAAAUAGUUAAGAAAAGUAGGAAACUCCCACAUCUUUGUACAAUGAGGAGAUCUGGUUCAUGUAGAUAAGGUUAAAAAAAAAACCAGAAGCAUUCUACAUGUGAAGACUUGGUGAAUGGUCUUUUCCACCUCUUGUCUCUUAUGAUCUUGUGCCCUAAUAGGAAUUGAACAGUUGUCCAAUAUAAUUGGCCCUUACAGCUUUAGUUGUAUUGGGCAGCCAUUUCAAAGAAAGACUUGUUGCUGUGGAGAUUAUGAAUAUUCUUAAGUGACCUUCUGAUCUGGAGAUGGAUCCCCUAGAGAAAAUAGCCCUUUCAUUAACAAUACUGACAUGGAAAGAGAGAAUAACUAUGAAGGGAAGAACAUGGCUUUAUUUGAGGAAGAAAUGGACAGCAAUCCCAUGGUAUCUUCACUUCUUAAUAAACUAGCAAAUUAUACCAAUCUGAGUCAGGGUGUGGUCGAACAUGAGGAGGAUGAAGAUAGCAAAAGAAAAGAAAUUAAGGCUCCACGAAUGGGAACCUUCAUUGGUGUAUACUUGCCCUGCCUGCAGAACAUCCUUGGAGUCAUUCUCUUUCUGCGUUUGACAUGGAUUGUAGGCACAGCAGGAAUCCUCGAGUCCCUCAUCAUUGUGUCCAUGUGCUGUACUUGUACGAUGCUGACAGCAAUAUCUAUGAGCGCCAUAGCAACAAAUGGUGUAGUUCCAGCUGGAGGGUCAUACUACAUGAUCUCACGGUCCUUGGGUCCUGAAUUUGGAGGGGCAGUUGGACUUUGCUUCUAUCUGGGGACCACUUUUGCAGGAGCUAUGUAUAUUUUAGGAACAAUUGAAAUUUUUUUGACUUAUAUUUCUCCAAGUGCUGCCAUAUUCCAUUCGGAAGAUGUUGAAGGAGAAAAUGGAGCCAUGCUCAACAACAUGCGAGUUUACGGGACAUGCACACUUGCCCUGAUGGCCAUGGUGGUGUUUGUAGGCGUGAAAUAUGUCAAUAAGCUUGCCUUGGUAUUUCUGGCCUGUGUGAUCCUCUCCAUUCUUGCCAUUUAUGCUGGUGUCAUCAAGACCGCUUUUGAUCCCCCGAACAUUCCGAUUUGUCUUCUUGGGAAUCGCACGUUAUCGAAACGCGACUUUGAUGUCUGUGCUAAAGUCCAACACAUAAAUUAUGAAACGGUGACAACACCUCUCUGGGGGCUCUUCUGCAACAGCUCUAAUCUUAAUGCCACAUGUGAUGAAUACUUUUCCCAAAACAAUGUGACUGAAAUUCAGGGAAUUCCAGGGAUUGCCAGUGGUGUCAUACGGGAAAAUCUGUGGAGUACUUAUGCAGAAAAGGGGGCGUAUGUAGAAAAGCAAGGCAUACUUUCAUCCUCUGUGUCAGAGGAAACAAAAACUAGCAGCCUACCUUAUGUAUUGACGGACAUCAUGACCUACUUUACGAUGUUAGUAGGAAUUUAUUUCCCAUCUGUGACAGGUAUUAUGGCAGGUUCAAAUCGAUCUGGUGAUCUAAGGGAUGCUCAGAAAUCCAUCCCUACUGGAACAAUUUUGGCAAUUGUGACCACAUCUUUUAUCUAUUUGUCCUGCAUUGUCCUUUUUGGAGCUUGUAUAGAAGGUGUUAUCUUGAGAGAUAAGUUUGGAGAGGCCCUGAAUGGAAAACUUGUGAUUGGUAUGCUGGCCUGGCCAUCACCCUGGGUCAUUGUCAUUGGUUCCUUCUUCUCUACAUGUGGGGCUGGCCUACAGAGCUUAACAGGUGCACCUAGGCUCCUGCAGGCUAUUGCAAGAGAUGGAAUUGUACCUUUCCUUCAGGUGUUUGGUCAUGGAAAAGCCAAUGGGGAGCCCACAUGGGCCUUGCUCCUUACUGCUCUCAUCUGUGAAAUAGGAAUCCUAAUUGCUUCUUUGGACAGCGUGGCUCCAAUUCUUUCAAUGUUUUUCCUCAUGUGCUACAUGUUUGUGAAUUUGGCUUGUGCUCUACAAACUCUUCUGCGCACCCCAAACUGGCGUCCUCGUUUCAAAUAUUAUCAUUGGACUCUUUCCUUUCUUGGGAUGAGCUUAUGUCUUGCUUUGAUGUUCAUUUGUUCUUGGUAUUAUGCUUUGUUUGCCAUGCUUAUUGCAGGCUGUAUUUAUAAGUACAUUGAAUACAGAGGAGCCGAGAAAGAAUGGGGUGAUGGAAUAAGAGGUUUAUCUUUGAAUGCAGCUCGUUAUGCAUUGCUACGGGUAGAACAUGGCCCUCCUCACACUAAAAACUGGAGACCUCAAGUUCUGGUGAUGCUGAAUUUGGAUUCAGAGCAGUGUGUAAAGCAUCCAAGGUUACUCUCAUUUACUACCCAAUUGAAGGCUGGAAAAGGCUUAACAAUUGUUGGCUCUGUCCUGGAAGGAACAUACUUGGAUAAACACCACGAAGCCCAGAGAGCUGAAGAGAACAUCCGUUCCUUGAUGUCCGUAGAAAAGACCAAAGGGUUCUGCCAGUUGGUGGUCUCUUCCACCUUGAGAGAUGGGAUGUCCCACUUGAUUCAAUCUGCUGGUUUGGGUGGGAUGAAGCACAACACCGUACUUAUGGCAUGGCCAUCGUCAUGGAAGCUCUCAGAUAACCCCUUCUCGUGGAAGAAUUUUGUUGAUACUGUCCGAGACACAACUGCAGCACAGCAAGCUUUGUUGGUGGCUAAAAAUAUCGACACAUUCCCACAAAACCAGGAGCGCUUUAGGGAAGGGAACAUCGAUGUGUGGUGGAUUGUUCAUGAUGGCGGCAUGCUAAUGCUUCUGCCGUUUCUGCUUCGCCAGCACAAGGUAUGGAGAAAGUGCAGAAUGCGUAUCUUUACUGUAGCUCAAAUGGAUGACAACAGCAUUCAAAUGAAGAAAGAUCUUCAGAUGUUUUUGUAUCAUUUGCGAAUCAGUGCUGAGGUCGAGGUGGUUGAAAUGGUUGAAAAUGAUAUUUCAGCUUUUACUUAUGAAAAAACAUUAAUGAUGGAGCAGAGAUCCCAGAUGUUGACGCAGAUGCAGCUUUCUAAGAAUGAAAGAGAAAGAGAGGCUCAGUUGAUACAUGACAGAAACACUGCAGCAGUGGCGAGGACAAAAGCAGCCGCUGCACCUGAGAAAGUUCAGAUGACAUGGACUAAGGAAAAGCUCACCUCUGAAAAACAUAAAAACAAAGACACAUAUGUAGCUGGAUUCAGGGACAUUUUCACUUUGAAACCAGAAUGGGGAAAUCUAAACCAGUCCAACGUCAGGAGGAUGCAUACAGCAGUGAAGCUUAAUGGGGUGGUCCUCAGCAAAUCCCAGGAUGCCCAGCUGGUCUUAUUGAAUAUGCCUGGUCCCCCCAAAAAUCGACAAGGAGAUGAAAACUAUAUGGAAUUCCUAGAAGUCUUGACAGAAGGACUAAACCGAGUGCUUUUGGUGAGAGGUGGAGGUCGGGAGGUGAUCACCAUCUACUCCUAAUGCUGCUGGUGACCAUCCAGAGCUUUAUUUAGAACAUGGUGGCACUGAAUAUCUAGGUGGAUAGAAACACUGGACAAGCAGGUUUUGAAUUUCUGGAAGUUGAGAUGUUCCUGUGUACUUGAAAUGAUUUGCCAGCUUGAUCUGCUGAUCCAUGAUAAUGCUUUUUUUUUAAAAAACAAAAAGAAGUGAUCGUUUUUUUUUUUUUUUUUUUAAACCUAGGGCAAAAUUCUUAUUAUUACUGAAGAAACCUUGUCUGCACUGUUAAAUAAAAGACUGGGGGGAGGGGUUGGGGAUAGGAAGCUGAAGUAUGAGAGAAGUGUGUGUGUGUGUGUGUGUGUGUGUGUGUGUGUGAGAGAGAGAGAGAGAGAGAGAAUUUCAAAAGCACCCCCUCCUUUCUGCACACUUUCCUCUCUCUCUCCCACCCUCCAUUUAUUUGUAGUAUCUGGAAUAUUAAUAAUUGUGUUCUCACUACUUUAUUGUACUAUGUAUUGGGGAUAAAACUGAUAUCUCUUUUAAAAAAAAAAUCCUAAAUUUUGUUUUGCUUUUUAACUGGUACCAGCAAAAUCCGAGUUUAUUCAGUGACAAACUGAAAUUGGCUAAAACUGAUAUUUUACAAUUCUGGAUUCAGACUUUUCUUGGGAUGUGCCUCUUAACAGUCUUUCUAACCAUUAUGUUUUAGCUUUACUAGCUCUAGAAUAUGGAUUUAUAUGAAGUCCACUUUUGUUCUUGAAGUUUAUUUUCUGGGUGAUCUCAGAAGUACAUUUUAUAAAGAAGUAAACUGGCUACUUUUCUAAAGUCAAGUCUUUCUCCCCACCCCCUAUCCUUUUCCCUCAAAUAUAAUCAUUUGAUCAGUCAUUUUAGUGUUUUAAUGUGCAUAAAGAGAUGUUUCCAUUGCUGGCCCUGGAGAGGGCAAGUUUUGUGUAGGGGAUGAGGGUGGUACCCUUUCCAUAACAAUAAGCCCAUGGUCAGACAUCUGCUUUUGGUCCAUGGAGGGCAGACAAUUUAACUCCAGUUGUCUUGAAAGAGCAACCACUGUUACUGAGACUUUUAAAAAUAAAGAUAUUUCAUUUAUGUCUUUAUAAAUUGUAUGAUAAUCCAGGUUUUAUAUUUUACAAAACAACCCAAACUAAUUCUUAUAUUCUGUGAUAUCCUGUUUCUACUUUUUUUAAUGACUCAUAUUACUGUUGAUACCUUUAUUCUCUCCCCAACUAUUGCAUUCUUUGUGUUCACUUUUCUGAUUUGUAAAUAAUCUUUGGUCUUUGACUAAGCAUUGACACUGGCUAGCUCUAGCCCACAUCUUGGAAAUUUUGCCAAUGUCUUAAAUACUCAAAAAGUAAGCAACUUCAUAGAAAGAAGUAUCCUGAACAUCAAAAGUGCAAUAUGCUUUUUUGAGACUCCCAAGUAGAACUUUAAAUGGCAAAGGUUAUUUAAAGCUGUGGGCAUACCAACAUUUUCAGUAUCAGAUAUGCACAUAUCAUUUUGCCACUAGUAUAAGUGUGCAUUCUGUUCAUCAUCAGAACUAAGAAUCAUUUUGGGAGAGUCUGGGAUGGAGAGAGACCUCUUGUAUUUUGAAAAAAAUGAAUGGCAACCUUUAAGAAAUCAUUAGUCUUGUAUUUGAGCCAACAUGCUGGCACUGGGUUUUUUGGUCAUCAUGGUUGCUUUUGGAUGGGUUUUUUGUUUUGUUUUUGCUUAAAAUCUCCUAUCUAUUAUUGUUCUUUUAGGAUAUCUCCCUAAUGUCUCUUGUUAGCACAUGACUACAGCAGUAUCCCAAAAGAAACAAUUUUAAUAUAUCUCUUCAGUGGUCUGGACAGGCUGAUUUUGUUUUUGUUUUUUUUUUCACAUGGAUGCUUGAUUAUUGCACUUUAUCUCCUGGUUUUUCCAUUAUCUAAUCUGUAGGGUGUUUUAUUAUUGUGGGGGGGAGGGCAUGGAUUUUUGGUAUUUGUGGCUUAUUUAUUUAUUUAUACAUGCCAAGUGACAUUUUAAUGAAUAGAUUGGCUGCAUAAAGAGAAUCCCAAAAGGGCAGUGUUUCCAUGAUCAGAAGAGAGGAAAGGAUUGAGAUGGCCAAGUCUUUUGUUUAUUUCCAGGAGAGGGGGGAUACAAGGGUCUUCCUUUUCAGCCCAUUGGAAGUCUACAAGUUCCAGGUCACUAAUGAGCACAGAAAAUCAGCGCUGGAUCCUUCAUUGAGUGGGGUUUCUUUCAUUCCCACUUUCUCAUCCCUCUGCACAAGUGCACAUCUUUGAGCAUGAAGGAAUUAACAGACGCCCUGGGAAUCCAGCUGAAUAGGAAGCCAAAUCUCCAAAAUCUUACCCUCAGCUGGGUGGAAAAACCAUCGAACGUGUAAUGUGUGCCAAAAUGAUGUUUUAGCAAAGAGUUGAUCUUUCUCUUAUCUUUGUAUGUUCAGAGAUGAUGUCUAGCAAUAAUCACAAUUAUGCCAUACUCCUGCUCUUAAAGGAGUGUGUGCAUGUGCGUGUGUGUGCAUGUGCAUGUGUGUGACCAUUGUUAAAGGAGGUCUGCCUGCUGAGAAAUCAUAAGGACACACAGGGGUGAUCAAAGAGAAGGUAUUAUAGGGUAAAUGGCUUCUUGCUUUGCCCAGUUUUACUUUAAAGUAGCUUAUGUAAUGGGGCACACUUCAUACGUGGUGCUAAAAUCCAGGUCAUCUUGGGAUGGUUGAAGAUAGUUUCUUGACACCAAUGUUCUUUGUACAAAACCAUGCAUAUAUUCACCAGAUGUUGAUGUGUCCACAGUUCGUCCUUGGUUGUUCUGCAGUAUUUUGUUCAUUUAAACAAGUGUAUCUUUUCUACUUGGUAACCAUUUUUGUAACCAGUUAAGUGCAGCCAUUUAGAGAUGAUUUAAUGUUUGCUUUUGACGUUUUCUUGUCUUUGUAUGAUUCUCUUUAGAAAAAAAUAAAAUGGGAUGAAAUCUGUUUAAAAAGA